GGGAGGGAUGGAGGCAGAGAGGUGGAGAGAGAGAGAAAGAGAGAGAGAGCAUCUAUCUAUCGCAUGAUCACUAAAAGGAAGGCAGCAAGUGAGGGACUGCGCUCAUACAGGCGUCGAUUUAUUUUUACCUCCUUUUGGCUUGGAAAGUGACAGACUGCUCACAGAAAGAGAGAGAGAGAGAGAGAGAGAGCGAGGCAGGCGUACACAGAUGGCGGUGGCUUUGAGUUAGCUGGCAAAACCCAUCCUGUGUUCAGACGUUUUCGAAUCUCGUAUUUGGACUUUACUAUGAGGAGUCUGUGCUGUUUAUUAUUGCACGAGGGGAGAAAAAAUCCCUUAACAGCAGCGCUAGCAAUAAAAUAGCCCACCUUCUCCCAAAGUACAGCGGAAGAAAACUGACUAAAACAGAGGGGAGAGCAGCAAAGUAUGAUCCGAGGAUGAUUUCUGCCAGAAAAACUCCGGAGAAGAGUCGCUACCGCCUCCAUUACCUCGUCUGGCACAACAAAUACCGGCAGCUGGAGAAGGAGCUCUCGGCCAGCGAGCAGGUGGACGUGGAGGUGGUGGACCCGCGGGGCCGGACUCCUCUGCACCUGGCCGUGACCCUGGGCCACCUGGAGAGCGCUCGUGUGCUGCUGCAGUACGGUGCUGAUGUCAGCAAGGAGAACGGCAAUGGCUGGACAGUGCUGCAGGAAGCCAUAAGCAGGCGUGAUCCUGAACUGGUGCGUCAGGUUCUGCGCUACCGGGACUACCAGCGCACCUCUAAGAGACUGGCAGGGAUCCCCCGUCUGCUGGAGAGACUGCAACAGGCUCAGGACUUUUAUGUGGAGAUGAAAUGGGAGUUUACAAGCUGGGUGCCGCUGGUGUCUCGUAUCUGUCCAAGUGACACAUAUCGUGUGUGGAAGAGUGGCCAGUGCCUGAGAGUGGACACCACUCUAAUGGGCUUUGAGCAGAUGACCUGGCAGCGAGGCAACCGCAGCUUCAUCUUUAGGGGACAAGACUCCAGUGCCAUGGUCAUGGAGGUGGAUCACGACAGGCAGCUUGUCUACUGUGAGACUCUUCCCUGCUUGCCUUCCUCUCCAUCCUCUCCACCCCAACCUACCGCUCUGAACCUGCUGGGGGCGCUGCAGCCCAGCGACGAGCAAGUAGCUGCUCGCCUCUCAGCUCCGGUGGUCACCACACAGCUGGACACCAGAAACAUCUCUUUUGAAAGGAACAAGACGGGUAUUCUUGGCUGGCGCAGUGAGAAAACGGAGGUGGUGAAUGGGUACGAAGCCAAGGUAUACUGUGCCUCCAAUGUAGAGCUGAUCACCCGCACACGGACCGACCACCUCACAGAUCAAAACAAAACCAAACCCAAAGGCAGUAAAACACCCCUGCAGUCCUUCUUGGGAAUUGCAGAGCAGCAUGUGGGUACUAACAAUGGGCAGACCCUGGUGACCCAGCUGUCGUCCCCUGUGACGAACCCCAGUGCCCUGACAGCAGAGGAGUACUUCAACCCCAGUCUGAGCCAGAGCCACAAAGACAUCGGCCAGCCAUGCCAGCUCACCACUAAAACACAAAGGUUCAAGGCCAAGCUCUGGCUGUGUGAGUCUCAUCCUCUGUCGCUGGCUGAGCAGGUGUCUCCCAUCAUAGACCUCAUGGCUAUUUCCAAUGCCCUGUUCGCCAAGCUCAGAGAUUUCAUCACCCUGCGUCUGCCCCCUGGCUUCCCUGUGAAGAUAGAGAUCCCCAUCUAUCACAUCCUGAACGCCCGCAUCACCUUUGAGAACCUGAACGGCUGUGAGGAGGGAGGUGGUGGCCGGAUGGAGGGGGAAGAUGGACAGAAGGACAGCCCCAGGACAGAGACGCCGUCUCCAGGCAGCGACUCAUCCAGUGUCUCAAGCUCCAGUUCCACCAAAGCACUCAGCUCACCGUCCAGCCAUUCCUGUCGUGGAGGGGAGAUUCCACCUUGUAUAUUUGAGGCUCCUCGAGGCUACAGCAUGCUUGGAGGGAAUCAGAGAGAGAACAUUCGUGAGGAAGAGGAUGAUCUGCUCCAGUUUGCCAUUCAGCAGAGUCUGCUGGAGGCAGGUUCUGAGUAUGACCAGGUGACAAUCUGGGAGGCUUUGACCAACAGUAAGCCAGGAACCCACCCUCUGUCCUGUGACCCCAGCCAUGUGGAAAGAACUCCACAGCACAAGAGCACCCCUGUGGCCAGCCCCCGCAGGACCCCUUCCACUAAACCUCCACGUAGCUACGAUGAGCAGAUACGUCUAGCCAUGGAGCUUUCUGCUCGUGAGCAGGAAGAGGCGGAGCUCCGGAAGAGACAAGAGGAGGAGGAGCUUCAGCGCAUCAUACAGCUGUCACUCAUGGAGAAGUGACAGGGAUCCCUGCAAGAAGGGAUGAGAAAGCGGAGGGUGGGGGAGUGUACUGCAGCAACUUUCACCAAUAAGAACUGCAACACUCUCCCACGUCCAGCCCCUCCUCCUCCACCAACCUGCCUGAAGCACAAAGCUCAGCGGGGCUGUCCGCGUCCGUACAGCAUCACAGAGCCUCGCCUCUGUCCACUUUCUACAAGUUUACAACCACUAAAGCUAUUCAACUCAUGGGCAAUCAAACUGGCAGGCACCAGACUGGUGCAUGAUAAUUCAGCAACUGUGUGCGUGCGUAUGUUUUUUGGACUGGUAAACAAGACUGGAGCUACUUUGGAGAUUUCAGCAUCACUCUUAAAGCCAUUAUCCAGAGCUCCUUUCAGAACAAGGCUCCAAGUCCUCUCAAACUCUCGGCCAGGAGCAGAGAGAGGUUUACAAAACUCUGUUACGUCUGUUUUUUAUUGAAAUUGGUGAAUUAGAUUUGUUUUUGAUUUGCACAAAAUUUAAUUGCACUGUUGAAAGCAUAAGAAAGUUGCAAAAGAGUGUGUAAGCAGAGAAUACUAGCCUCUUAGGCUAUGUUUAGACUGCAGGCAAAUCAGAUUUUUUCUUAAUCAGAUCCGAUAAGAUGACUGUCCGCACUGUUAUUAUCGGAUUUGCGUGUCUGAUCACAAAAGUGUCUACAUCAGUUGCUGGGUGGUAUUGAGGUUGGCGUCUGUACCUCACCUUUGACUCUCUUUUUGGCCUAAUACAGGUCAUUUGUCGCAUUGGGAGUUAUGCAAAGACACGUUGAAAUUCGAUUUGAGCGGCCAGGGUGUCCAAACUAAGACAAAUCUGUAAAAAAUCCUAUUUUGAUCACUUUUCAAACCACCUCCAAAUGUGGUUUGCAAUAAUCAGAUUUAAUGUGGUCUAUGGUUGUCCAGACUAUCAAAAAUCAAUCUGGAUACAAUCUAGUUAUGCCAAAUAUCUCAUUUGGGCUGGCAGUCUAAACAUAGCCAUAUUGUUGAGCUGGAUAGUUGGCAUCAGUGGAAGAAACAGCAUGAUCCUCUUCAUUUUUCCACUUCACAUUUGAGCAGCUUAAUUCACUGUAGUUUCUUUUUACAAACUAGAGCACAUUUGAUCCAGAGAACACAGGACAGUGUUGUCCUGUAAGAGGCCUGAAUAGCGUAGUAAAAAAUAGGCAAAAGGCUUUAAAGGCUUUUUUUAUGGUUAAGUGAGUUGUAAUUGACAACCAAUCAGCUACUCACUGCAAUAUUUAUGUUUUGUGUCAAUAACAGCUCAGAAAACAUACGCUAUAAUGUAUGUAUUAUAUCUAUAAUAUGGUGCUAUGUUAAGUCUUUCCCCUCACUUUGUGUUAGUCAAUGUUAUUUCAGUGCAAAAGCUUAAGAUUCUCUCUCUGUCUAUUUGUAUAUUUGUUUAUUUAUUAUUUAUGUUUUUUUGUUUUAUGACUAAACCCUCCCUCCGGUGGCGUCACAUAUUUUUUAUACCCCCCAUGCAGUGCUUCCCAACACAUGGCAUUACAUUAAAUCCCACUGUCUAAAAUGUUUGUCCAAUCACAGUGCUUGGAGCCCCUGAUUUAGACAGUCAAUCACCGUCCAGUCAAUCAGGUGCACCAGUGCAGGGAGAAAACCUGAAAAAGGGCUAGUUUCUCAGAUCCAGAUAACAGCCUCAUCCUGAAGCCAAAUAACAUAAAUUAACCGGAGAAUCAACAGUUUUCUCCGUCGUUUGACAAUCUGGGUCUAAGUGACUGGCAGAAAUGGUUUGAUGGUGAAGUCGGUAUUUUAGAAUUUGAGAAAAGGCCACAGACUGUUGCUCAGCCGACACACAACUCUAAAAAAAGAGAAAAACAGUGACAAAGACUUUACUUUCAAGCACAAUUUUACACAAAGCAGUUGGGCUCUGUGGUUUCUAGCCAGUCAAAUGAAGUGACCAAAGGGCUGUCCAACAGUAUAGCAGUUAAUAACAAAGUGAUGAAUAUAUUAGUGUGUGUAGUGUUAUAUAGAAAGUUAAGAGUAUGGGACAUGUGACUAUAAGGAUCCAGGUGUAUAGAAAUGCUUGAUGUGACUUAAAUAUGAAAGUAACAUGAUAUAUUUCACCGUUUUUAUUUAACCCUGAUAUGAAUGUGGAGUGUCGCUGUGGUGUCCGUAUGAUGUGAUGGAACUGCCUACAAUGAUGCUGCUCGGAUUUGUAACUUAGAGAGACUGAAUAAAUAAAACAAAAUCUCUAUA